AUAAAUACAUGUACAAAUAUAAAGGAACCAUACAAAAGUAAUAAGAAUAAAAUAAAAGUGGCAUUGCCUGAGUUGUGAAAGGAAUUAAAAAAUGGAUUAACAGAUUAAUAUUCUUACAUGCCAAAGAAUUUUGUUAUAUUAUAGAAACCAUGUGGUUUAAAGGGAAACACACUUUAAUAUGAGUAGUUUGUAUAACUUUCGAUGAAUUGUUGUUGAUUUUCAAAUACAGCUUUAGACUUUAAAGUUAAGAUUAAUUUUUUGAUAAGGGUGUUACGUUUUAUAUGAAAGUGUUAAAAUGGCAAUAAUAGUGAAAUGAGAAAUUACUUUGUGAAAAAGUAAAAAGUUCAUAUAUUUAUUUAUUGAAGAAUGAUGGAAAUUAUUCACUCAACAAAUAUUACUUUCAAUGGAAAUUCAAAUGAAAAUGUUGGUGCAAAGAAAGGCACAGUGCCAAGAAAAACACGUAGUCCGGUUGAAUCUAAAUCGCCGGAUGCCUCACCGAUUAAAUCUAAUAUUUCGAGUCCAGUGAAGGAACUUCAUGGAGAUUUCCCAUCGCGGGCUAGCCGUCCGCCUGCAGUGGCCAACAUCGACUCGCCAAGACACGAAGAAUCACCGUUGUUUAAACGUGUGCAUGACAUUCCAAAAUAUCAAGCCAAUGAGACGCCAACGUCGUGGAAGAAACGGGAGAGUCCGGCUGACAGCGGAAUAGAACUUUCUCCUAUCAGUAUCUCACCACCCAAGAUUAAUCCAAAGCUGCGUUCUAUGUACAACAACAGUAGAAGAGAGGCUGAUGAAGGGACAGAGUUCUCAAUAAAUCCUGAUCCAGUACCAUACCAACCUAACAAUUUCAUUGCAGGGAGAAAUAGCCGACUGGAUGGUGCUGAAUCAACUGUACCGCCGUCAUCGACAAUGAUGAAGAAGGUUCCGGUGGCACGGCGUCAUUUUGACACUUUUGGCACUAUAGACUGGAUGUCCGGUAUACCUAAACGUGGUAUGAUGCUUCAUACAGAUCGGUACAACUGGGAUCUUGCCAAGGCUUUAGACGGGAUGAGUCAGAGAGAGAGGUUACACGCGGAGCUCGAGUACAUGGAACGAUUACGAGGGAUAAAGCGACGGCGAGAAGUACUACCUCACAGAGCUCAGUUAGAUCUCCUUAUGGGUGGUAAAAAAGUAGAGUUCAAUGAAAGGUUUCAGAUUCAGAGAGAGAUCGAGAAGUUAAAAUCACUCAUCUUGCCACAGCAUGCCAAAGACCUGUUCCAUGGACGAGGAUUUGUUCUUCCCUCAAAUCACAAUUCAGUUCACCCUAGACGACACUUUGAUCCAAAUUUUGAUUUAGAAGAUGAACUCAGUAGUCCGUUCUCACCAGAAAAGUAUUCAUUCAACCCGGAAACGGGGCGUGUACAGCCUCGGAAUCGACAGUACCCCGCCGACCAAUCUAGCUCAUUACCAAAGAUUAACAAUAAAGGAUAUUUAUUAGACAACUUUCGGGCACAGAAAGGCGAGCCAAUUCCUGUUAAAACUCCGAACCCAUUCAGUGUGGAAAUGGAAGAUACAUGGACACCUUACGUGACGCGGCAGUCAACUGUUAUAUCGCCAAUAGGGCGGGCAGGCAGUAAGUCUCCAGCUGUCCCAUUUUCACCACGACGGUACACGAUGAAAGCGAGUGAAUCGCCAGAUUUAACAUUGUACCCUGUUUCCCAAGGACUUAUUUCACCAAGAUAUGGUUCUUCACAACCGGUUUAUAUGACCAGGUCAAAAACUAACGUCACAAAUGGCAUUCAAGGGAAACCGGCAGCUGGUGGUGCUAGGAGUUUGACAGCUAUGCCUGCUAAAAAGGAUGUAAAUGUUAGACCCACAGUAACAGCCCCACCCGCAAAACCUAUUCCUGUUGCUGCUAAACCGGACAUCAAAAUUCCUGUGAGUGCCAGAGAUCCGGAGGAACCAGAAGUUGCACCGGAAUCAACACCGGUAGUACCGAAAACUACACCAGCCACAUCAAAGAAUGAUGACAUUAUAGAAGAAGAGACUGAUAUAACAAUAGAUGAUUGGCCUGAUGUACAGGAACAAAUAGAAGAGCCAGGAACCAAGGACACUGAAGGUCAAGAUGGAGCAUUGUCAGCCUCUAGAUCUGUGGCCAGUCCAGUUAAAGCUCAAACACCCAACCCACUAAAGGCUGUUGAGUUAGUACAGAGUAUGUCUCAGGAUGAACAAGCAAGGCUAAAACAAACAUUUAAUAAACUAGACACUGAUAAAGAUGGCCACAUUAUGUUCAGCCAGUUACAGACACAGCUUCCAAAACAGUUUAGUCAGGCACAAGAAAAAUAUAUCAAACAGGUGUAUGACAUCACCAGCUCGAACACAUUUUUCGGUGUCGAUGAAUUUAUGACAAUGUCAUACCUGACUAGCGUCGUCACAGAUUUGACCGGAGAGCCACUAGAUGCCUACAACAAAAUAGAUUUUCAUGGUUUACAUGAAGUUAUACUCAAAUAUGUGGAGUUGUAUCAGGCAGUGGACAGGACUCACAGAGGAAAGAUAGCAUUAUCAUCAUUACAGGAAAUACUGACCUCGGCACUCUCGUUAGAUUUUAAAGCAGAACCCCCGAGGUGGAACAAACUCAUUGAUACCAUAGAAACCGCGGAACAUGAUGUGAUCUCUUACUUUGAAUAUCUCGCCCUGGUACCGUUCUUUACGACAUUGAAUAAGACGUGAAAGAGUGAAUCUGGGGUUAUCUCUAAGAUAGAGUUUCUAGCACACAUCCCUUACUUCCAAACGUUUGUUAAAAAGAAAUAAAGCCCAUUACCAGGGACUUCCAGACACUACACACUUCUAUCAGAACACAACAUGGGAAACGUUCAACACAACUAGAUGAACAAGACUGUCAAGAAUUAAAAUAUCAUUUUUCAAUUAAUGACUUUUGAGGAUUUUGUUGUGACAAUUCUUACAUAAGGACACAAAGUGUAUUUAUUUAUAAUGAUGGGUAAUAAAGGACUUCAUACUCUG